AUGUCGGCUACGCAACUUCUCAAUCCCAAAGCGGAGUCAAGGCGAAGAGGUGAAGCUCUCAGGGUCAAUAUUAGCGCUGGAGAAGGCCUUCAAGAUGUUUUAAAAUCAAAUUUAGGCCCCUCGGGGACAAUUAAAAUGCUUGUUGAUGGAGCUGGCGGGAUCAAACUUACGAAAGAUGGCAAUGUAUUACUACGAGAAAUGCAAAUUCAAAACCCCACUGCGGUGAUGAUUGCGAGAGCAGCCACUGCGCAAGAUGAUAUCACGGGCGACGGCACGACGUCCGUGGUGCUUUUGGUUGGCGAGCUGUUGAAGCAGGCAGAUCGAUUUAUAUCCGAGGGACUUCACCCGCGUGUAAUAACUGAUGGAUAUGAAAUCGCUAAGACUGAAGCGCUAAAGUUUCUCGAUUCGUUUAAACUCAACCGCGAUAUCGACAGAGAACUUUUGCUCUCCGUUGCACGAACUUCGCUGUCGACGAAACUCAAUAAAUCCUUAGCUGAGCAUUUAACCCCGUCAAUUGUCGACGCUGUGCUUGCUAUCCAUCGUGCCCCCCAAAAGCCAGACUUGCAUAUGAUUGAAAUCAUGAAGAUGCAACAUCGCACGGCGUCUGAUACACAACUCAUUCGGGGAUUGGCGCUAGACCACGGCGCGAGACAUCCAGAUAUGCCGAAACGUGUGGAGAAUGCCUUUAUACUGACUCUCAAUGUCAGUCUCGAAUAUGAGAAAUCAGAAAUUAACUCCGGUUUCUACUAUUCAACCGCCGAACAAAGAGAUAAACUUGUAGAGAGUGAGCGGAGAUUCGUGGAUGCAAAAUUGAAAAAGAUUGUCGAGUUGAAAAAACAAGUUUGUGGGAAUGAUCCCAAGAAAGGUUUCGUCGUUAUUAAUCAGAAGGGUAUUGAUCCAUUGAGCUUGGAUGUGCUUGUCAAGAAUGGUAUCUUUGCUCUGCGACGAGCGAAGCGACGGAACAUGGAGCGAUUACAAUUAAUUUGCGGUGGCACUGCGCAAAACAGCGUUGAAGACCUCACCCCGGAUGUCCUCGGUUGGGCCGGCCUCGUGUACGAACAUCAGCUAGGGGAAGAGAAGUACACAUUUGUGGAGGAAGUCAAGGAUCCUAAGUCUGUCACGCUCUUAAUCAAAGGGCCAAACCAGCACACAAUCGCCCAAAUUACCGAUGCCGUCCGUGAUGGCCUUCGGUCAGUGUAUAACACGAUAGUCGAUAAGUCUGUUGUUCCAGGUGCUGGUGCCUUCCAAGUCGCCUGUGCAGCACACUUAUUGUCGAAAUAUUCAUCGUUCAAAGGCAAAACCAAAUGGGGUAUCUCCGCUUUCUCCGAGGCUCUUUUGGUCAUUCCAAAGACCCUUGCUGCGAACUCUGGUCACGACGUUCAGGAGUCACUCGCUGCCUUGCAGGCCGAACAUGCUGGGGGCAACGCGGCAGGGCUUGAUUUGGCCACAGGGGAACCAAUGGACCCGGUCCAGGAAGGGGUGUUUGACUCGUACAGAGUUCUUCUUAACUGUAUUGCAUCGAGUACUGGCAUUGCUUCGAACCUACUGCUUUGCGAUGAGCUUCUCAAGGCUAGACAGAUGACAAGACAAGGCGGCCCAGGAGGAAUGGACGAGCAAUAG